CCAAGUCUAGACACAGUGGGAUUAACAUCCGAAUUUUACAUCUUGUAACCAUGUGGAAGUUAACAUUUUUGUUAUUUGUCAAUUCCAUUAUGUUCAUGGAUUGUAUCGAAAUUCCGUUUCCAAACAAAUGCAAGUUUGACGAUACAGAAUGCCUGACCAAGACUGCCCAGGCUUUUCUGCCACAGUUCGUCGUUGGCAUGCCCGAACUUGGAGUCGAAGUGUUGGACCCACUGUUUAUUAAGCGCAUAGAUGCAUCUACCGCUGGAUUGAAGUUGAUUGCAAAGGACGUGACCAUCCUUGGAUUUAAGGGCACACAGCUAAAAGAGAUAAAAUUUGACAAAUCCUUCAAGACUCUGAAGAUCAAGCUACUGGUAGACCUACAUUUGAGCGGCCAACAUGACACAUCGGGCAAUAUACUGGUGAUGCCGAUAGUCGGAAAAGGACCUCUGUUUGUUACACUGCGUAAAAUCGAAGUUACAGUGUACGUCAAUGUAUCGAGAGUCAAAGAGGGCGACAAAACAUAUUUCAGUGCUGAGUUCAAAGACUUCUCGUACAAAUUGAAAGACAAAGCUGAUGUGAUAUUCGACAAUCUCUUCGAAGGAAAUGAAGUACUCGCAUCUGCAACCAAAGAAAUGCUUCACCAGAGCGCGAACGAAGUAGUCCUCGGCAUCGGUUCUCCCUUCGUGAAGGCUGUGAUUGACGCUAUCAUUGUUCGCAUCAAUGAGCUACUCAAAUGUUUUCAGGCCGAUGACAUUUACAUCCACUAAUAUUUAAGUUAAUUUAAGUACACAUGUAAAAAUAAAUGUUUAU